UUAAUCACCUCUGGGUUUUUUUAUUUUUUCUUAAACAAACCAAAAAUCACUGAAAAUUUUGAACAAAAAAAUUUUUUUUUUCUUAGUUUUUGUUAUAAAAUUUUGUAAAUAAGUGAUUUUUCUCCUUCACUGAUGUGCGCUAAUGAGGCUGCACUAAUGGGCACUGAUAGGCUGCACUGAUGGACACUGAUAGGUUGCACUGAUGGGCACUGCAAUGAUGGGCACUGAUAGGUGGCACUGAUGGGCACUGAUAGG